AUGGGCGAAGAUGUAAAUAAGUAUAAUAAUAAUCAAUGUGGUGAAAAACUCGUAUUUAACGUUGGCGAUAUGUAAGUUAUUCCAGAGGAUUUCAGAUUUCAAAGUAUUAUUGCAGAGUAACCGGAUACAAAAUUGAAGCCAAGAUUGAUGAAGGAGGAUUUGGACAAGUGUUUCGUGUUUUGGAAGAAGGAAAAGUUUAUGCGAUGAAGAUCGAAUCAAACAAAUUGGAAGGCGGUUCAGCCAUCAAACUCGAAAUCGAUGUGCUGAAAGAUUUGCAGAUGCGAAAGGUUCCGAAUUUUCCUCAAGUUGUUCGAGCUGGCAGGAAAAGGCGGUUCCAUUUUAUAGUCAUGGAAUUAUUGGGAGACAAUUUGCAUCACAUCAAAUAUCGAUCACCGAAUCAAGACUCUUUUUCGGUUGGAACUUGGACCAGAAUUGGGAUACAAUGUUUAUACGUGUGAGUUUUUAGGAUCACUUUUUAGGGGAGCCUUUCUAGAACAAAAAAUAAACUAAAUACCAAUUUGAUAAUUCUUAUUUUUAGUGUCAAAUUGUUGCACGACAAUGGAUUUCUCCAUCGCGACCUCAAACCCCAGAACUUCGGCCUCGGACCAGUCGACGAUUAUCUCAAAAAAAGAUUGAUAUAUCUUUUCGAUUUCGGUUUGGCUCGUCGAUUUGUCAACAGAAACAGCCCAUCUCGCGCAAAUUCACCGAUAAAAUCAUCUGGAUUAUCAAGUGAAAAUCAAAAAGAUGUGGGCAAAAUCAAAGUAUCAGAUUAUCGUUGGCGAAUUGCUCGACCAAGAUCGGAUUUCCGUGGAACUCAAAUGUAUGCUUCACCAAAUGCACACGAUUUCAAAGAAUUGGGAAGAGCUGACGAUGUUUGGUCUUUGAUGUUUAUGUUGGCUGGAUUUAUCAAAGAAUUGCCAUGGGCAACAGUACCUGAUAAUGAUUUGGCAAAUGUCAAGAAAUCAGCUAAACUUUCGGAAAUGCUCAAAGAUGAAUCAUUUGCAAAAGUUGAGGAGAAUCUAAGAAGCUGUGAUUAUUAUACAUUUCCUGAUUAUGAUCUCGCUUAUAAUACUCUCAAAUCAAUUAUGGAUAAAAAUGGAAUAGGUUGGAAUGAUCCAUAUGAUUGGGAAAUGAAAGAUUCGCCUGGAUUUGUUUUAUGGAAAUUGGAGAAAUUAAGAAAGAAUGUGGUUUAUAUUUGGGAGGAUCCGAAGGAUUUUUUCAAAGUAAAUGUUUGGGAGAAUUUGGAAAGACCGAUAAAAGUAGCGAAAAAAGGAGGAAGUGGAGAAGCAGUUAGUUGUGGAGCGAAAAAGGAAAAGGAAAAGGAUGAUGUGACCAAGGAUUAUACUUUUGAUGAGAAAAGUAUUCGAGCUAAACUUCGAGCUGCGGAAAGGAAAAAGAAGUCGAAAAAGAAGAGUAGCGCGAAGUCGAAAUAUUCUAUUUUUUAG